AUGGCUCGAUUGAUGCUGUUUCUUUUGCUGAUCGCCCCUUCGAUUCUUACCUCUAACGCUGAAAGUGGACAAAAGGUAAUUCAGUUUAAAAUAUUGCGUUUUCACCAAGACAAUUUUAGCUUAACUCUCCCCAAGUUGAAUGUGAUGGCGUUGAUUUUCGCGCUUAAUAUUUUAUCCUAUGACGUAUUAUGGGCUAUUGAUGCUUACGCUUCGUUCACACGAAGGUCACAGAGGUCGAAAAUUUGACUGGCGUGUUGUGAACACCAUGGCCGUUGAAAUUCUUGUACUCCAAAGGUGUGGUUGCAUGGAUGCGUGGUUAUUCAGCUGGGAGACGCCAUUUUAGAUUUGCUAAAGUAGCGCUCUGCAAUUAGGCGGAUGGUACAACCAUCGUAGAAAUUAGAAUUCAAUCCGGUUUGUCAUUUUUAUGUGAACAGAGCGAAAAUUUUGAACGGUCCCGCGUGAACGAAAUUUUUAGCCGGUUACACAAUUGUCCGAUGCCGUGAUGUGAACGCUAAAGAACAAGUGUCUGACAGCCACGCAUUAUUAUGACUCAAGGGCUUAUUGAAUAAAAGGGUAAGAAUCUCAUUCACGUGCCUCGACUAACGAGACCCGUAUUUAUAUGGCCAUUUACAUAAUAAUAUAUAGCGAAGUUACUCAUUUGUCUAUAAUCAGUUAUUAAAUACAUUAAUAACAAAAUAUGGUACCACUUCUUAUUUUACAUGUGUUUUCGCAGGCCUAUACAUUCAGGUUAUCCAAAGAUAAGUACGAAAGGAUCAAAGUCGAUGCUAACAAGAACUCAGAGACUUUCUCUUUGCGUCAAGCUUCCUCGGGCAAGAACGAAGGAGACUAUGUCUACGACUUCAACAAGGUCAGUAACUAACAUAAAAGGUCAAACCCCCUCAACUAAAUUUAAUCUAAAUCUGGAGUCUUCUUUUUUUCCAUUUCUGUUUAAAACUUGAAAUUAUUUCUAAUGCGAUCUAGUCAAACCUUAGUUUCUCUGAUUUUCGGUCUUUAUAACGUUAAGAUAAAAGGCGGAUAUUAAAUGCGAAAUUAUCACUGCGCAGUUUUGCGGAAACGAUGUCUCUGAAAUGGACAUAAAACGCCAUUUUUUUAUGGUUUCUGACAGAACAUAAAGCAAGAGGACCACAACUAUAUACAAGAUGAUAUAAAAGAGCCUCUUGAUUUCGUAUCAAUUAGCCUGUAUAAUAAGUUACGACUGGAGUUUUCAUAAAAUAAGUCGACGCCGAAAGAGAUAUAGUUGACACGGCACUAAGCAAGCAAAGAAAAAUUAGAAGCCUAAUCUGGGACUCUCACUUUUGUUUAGUUGGUUUGAUUCAAAAUGUUAAACUAAAAAGGUAACUUUGAUAAAAUUACCUAUUAGACAAUCACGUACGUUCUUUUUAUUUAUUUAUUUAUUUUUUUUUUCUUCACUAAUCUUUUGUAUCUAUUGCUUUGUAUUGGUUUAACUUUACUGCAGAACUUGACGAUGAUUCGAUUGCCAGAGGUAAAGGCCUGCUUUUUGAGAUACUCCAUCGGAAACGUUCCUCGACCUGCUGACCUGCUGAAACUACUUCAGUUGGUACGUGUCUGAUGAUCUAAAACAAACCACGUUAGAAUUAGCGUCAAGCUAAUUUUUAAUGUACGAGUUUUUCACUUACGUUUCUAGAAUACAGGCAGCAAUUAAUAUCGGAAAAAAGGACUUAAUUGAGGCCAGUUAGGCCUGUAAUCAUACGCGAUACGAAUGAUUAAGCAAAAUCAGGCGGGCCAUUUAACGAGUAUCCGAUUCGUCUAAUUAUAACACCAGCUGAUUACAGAGAGAAUUUAAUAACACGAACUUCCUCAACAGUUUAUCAUAAUUUAACAAAAAUUACAGUGCAAAGAGAAGAACACACUUUAAGUUUUAAUGUCUUUUUUAUAUAUAUCUAAGGAGACAAGAUCCACCCAAUCGGUUUUUGGCCACACUUAAGAUAAAAGAACCCAUUUGAGUCCAAUCUCGUCAAAUUUCAGCGCUAUCAUUAGUUUUUAAGAAUCACUGCAUGAUGUCUUUUUUUACCAUCCAGUUACACGUUCUGUCCUUUUAGUAAUUUCUAAAUCAAGGUUACCACUAGCUAAUUACACUGGAGAGAUUUGUUUAAAGUAUUUGUUUAUUUAUUUAUUUCAGUUACUAAUUUCUUUAUUUAUUCAUUCCAAGUUCUACCUGAAAUUUUGCUGACCCUGGCAACCUAUUGAUAAUUCCACUCGAAAUUAUUAAUUAAUUUUUCACUCUGGUUUACACAACUCACAGAUGCAGAAGAGUGCAGAUUCUAAAGUGACCACUGCGUCAGAGGAGAAUUUCAAGGCUAUUGGCAAGCUGAGUGAUCGUUCGGGCUUGAGUGACGAGAUGAAGGAUCUGUGUGCAGAGUUGCCAAUUUACCGAAUCCGGAAGAUAAAUGAGAAACAGAAUGACGCUGAUCAAAUGGAAGAUCCAAUAAUGGGUGCAAACGAUUUAACAGAUGUAGCAAAAGAAGGGGUUAAAGGUAAGGUUGUAGAAGCUAUAACAAUUAUACAAUUGUCUCAUGUUUUAAAACAGGUGAAAGGAUUGAUCAACUAAAAGGCAACAUUUGUAGGCCCUGCAAAUGUAUAACUAAGAGUGAACCAAAGGCAUCAUAUCAUCUUUUUGCAUAAAGACCCCUUUAUACCAAGAAACCCGUUUAAUUUAAACCAGAUUUAACAAAAAAGAAACCUGAAAAAAAAUCCAUAGUUUUUAUCAGUCUAAGCUUUGUGUUUUCAAUUUCAAACAAUGGCGCCGUCCACACCCAUAGUCCAGGAAGGCCGAAACCGCAUCCUGCCCCAUGCUACUGUUAUAUUUGCGUCCGCACGAAUUCUCUGUGUGGCUGUUUCAGGUUUGGAUUCACCCAUCCACAAGAAAACGCUACUACAAUUUACAUUUGCUAACUACCAUUUUUUUCCCCCACUCUUCCUCGAUGGCCAGGCCUGCCUUUAUGUUUACAAUUACUUGACAAGGCUGAUCGGACAGUUAUAAAUGCAAAUCAUUUGCCCAAUAUUUCUCCGGUUAGGCACAAAUAACCUUGAUUGGGUGCUUACAUUACAAGGACGUUACAGUUCUGCCUAUAGAUAAUUGUUCCAUCAGGCACUUAUGAACCCUGGACAAACCCAAAAUUGGCUCUGAACAAAUCCAAAAUCGGCUGUCACGAUGCAGACAACGAGUUGAAAAACAAAUUGUUGUCUACCACUUUGAAUUUGAAAAAACAAAAAAUUUACUUUGAAUUCGAAAAUAUCUGGUUUCUGAUCGUCUAAUAUACAAAUCGGUUUAAAAAAGACUGCGAUUUUUAAUAGAUGCGGUUUCGACGAGGGGAUUCACUGGUUUCGUGUGGCCGAUUCGUGUAAAAAAAAUAUAUGUUUUCAAAAGUCGUAUCAACUCUAUGUACCAGGGUAUAAUUUACUUCAAUACAGUUUGGGUUACCCUUUAUCUAUCAGUAAACAUUGCAAUGACUAUACUUACUGUAAAAGAACCAAGCAUCUCAGUAGAGAUAAAAAUUCACUCGUCUAAAGUCUAAAAACUACUACCCUACCUCAAAGCUGUUUGUUAGGCUUGCAGUUAAAUUACCUGAAAAAGUGUAUAACUCCCCUACCAUUUGUACCUAUAGGUUACGUAAGGAAAAGGGUGUGCAAACGAGUUUGUAGAGACGUGCCCAAAUGCGUCAAUGUCCCAAAGGUUAGCUGCAGUUGGAGAGGCUGUAAAACUUCUUGGCACCGAAAUUGCUGGAUCGUUAAGACCGUAUGCCCGUUGGCCUGCACAUAUGUUAUGGUCAAAGCUGGCUAA